AUGGCUCUUGCUCCGGCUCCGACGCGUCUACGCCAGAUUGCACUUGUCGCGAAGGAUAUCGAACGCGCGAAGCAGCAGCUUACAUACGUUCUAGGAACAGAAGUCGUCUUCGAGGAUCCAGCUGUCGAGCAAUGGGGGUUGAAGAACUUCCUCAUACCAAUCGGCGGCGACUUCAUCGAGGUGGUCUCGCCCAUUAAGCCAGGGACGACUGCCGGACGGCUGAUCGAGAAGCGCGGUGACGGCGGAUACAUGAUCAUCAUGCAGACCGAAGACGCGAAGAAGCGAUGCGAAUACAUCGAAGCGAAGAGACUGUCGAGAGUCAUCUUUGAGCAUAGUUACGCGGAUUCGGUGUGCAUUCAGUACCAUCCAAAGGGCAUCAAGGGUGGCAUGAUGCCAGAACUCGAUUCCCACGUACCAGGUCCGAAGAAUCCUACGCCAGUUCAGACCCGCUUCUCCCCAUGGCACGCCUGCGGUUCAGACAUCGACCGCUAUAGGGCCGGCAUGGAGCGGACCGAACACCUUACGCUAGAGGGCUGUGUACUGCGCUUGCAGCCCGGCGACCUUGGCCACGAAGCGGCCGCACGGGAGUGGGAAGCGAUAUUUGGCGUCGUGCGAAGUCGUGACCUGCUGGCCUUCACAAACGCCAGGCUGGGUUUCAUACCAGGGAGACAAGGGCAUCCAGAGGGCCUUGUGUCGAUCACGAUCGGCGUCAAGGGCCAGGAUAAAUAUGAUGCAAUACUGGAGAGGGCCCGACAGGCGGGCGUUCGUGGGAACGACGGGAUCGACAUGUGCGGUGUCAAGUGGUACCUUGCCCUGACAGGUCACAGUGCAACUAAGGGGAAGCUGUAG